UCAUUGAUUCUGCAGCGUCCUUAUACAGAACUGCCGACGAGUUACUAGUUGCUCUAUCUGAUCUCUCGAUCGGUAUCAGAUCUCCCAGGGAAGGUGCAGAGCCAUGACUCUUCUCGCCACGGUUGGUCAGCCUCAUCCUCCGUCGAAGGUGAUCUCCCGCCGCGAGCACUCCAACCGGGGGCACCAGCUGAUCCGGGAGCCGACGGGCCAGGCCAAGUUCCAGUGCAACGGCUGCCUCGAGGAAGUCACGGGGUGCGACAGGGACACGUGCAAGCGCUGCGACUUCGACCUCCACCAGGCCUGCAACUACGAAGAAGGGACCACGCUGAAGCACGGGCUACUGCCCGAGAGCAGGUUCGUGCUCCGCCUCGAGCCCCCCCCUUCCAAGCAGCGAUGCAGCGCCUGCGGCACCCGCACGCUGGGCACCCACUACCACUGCGAAGGGACGGGCCAUUACCUCCACCCGUGCUGCGCGAUGCUGCCUAUGAAGAUCGAAAUGAAGCUGAGUGAUGAGCUCAGCCUCAGGUUCGAGCUCCUCAAGAAGGGGUCUAACUGCUGCACCAAGUGCAAGAAAGGAGGCGGCAUCCCGGACUACUGGUUCUACUGCUGCACCUCCGAGAAAAUUUACCUGCAUGUCGCCUGCGCAAGAGAGGAUCUUCUUCUGCCGAGCUCAAGCAGUACCGAGUCUCACUCUGACGUCGGCGGUAAUGGCAGGGUGGGCAAGGAGACUGCGUUGCGGAAGUACAGGUCGGGGAAGGACGGGAGGAACUCCGACCCCUUCUUCGAGAUCGCUAAGGCCCUGGCGAGCAUCGUCCUCGGGGUGCUCACUGGAAAUCCGGUGGCGUUAAUUCCCGCAGCGAUCGAUCUGGGCGCCAACGUCAUCAAAUUGUUGAAAAAAGGUCGCUAGGAGCUCCAUCCUUGCUCAUCCUACGCACGUACUCCCUCCGUUUCGAAUUACUUGUCGCAGGUAUGGAUUUUUGUAGAUGUAUUUUAGUUCUAGAUACAUCCAUUUCUGCGACGAGUAAUUUGGAACGGAGGGAGUACAUACAAUUUGUUGGUGACGGGCUACAUGAUGAUAUAUGUACGUACGUAACAUCCUACUAUUUGUACGAUAUAUAUAUAUAUAGUCCCCGCCUGCAUUGUGUAUUUGUGAUCGCUACAGUCCAUUUCCCAUUUCUUCUUUCAUGUCGAAUAAUGUCAACACGUUAUU